GUUGCACGAAAAGCCCACACGGGCUUAGCCGCCAGUAACACCGUCCACGUCACGAACCUCCGCGUGUGCGUGCGUGUGUGGAUAGAUAGAAACGCAGAUACGCACAUCGCAGCACCGUGAGGUCCUCGUGAUUUUAGGUUAGCUUCCGGCAGGUGAUCGAUUUUCCGGCUUCUUCGCGUUUCUUCCUUACCUCGCCGGCAUACGGGAAUACAACAGAACCCACGGCAUCGCACCACCCAGCAGCAAAAGGCGCGAGAUUCGUGGGGAGAAGGAAAACUAAGGACUAUGGUCCAGCGCGAUCGGCAUCGUGCCAUCCGCAACCGCACCAUCGCCGAGCUGGUGCGAUGAGUCGACCGGUUCCGGUCCUGCGGCAUCGAUUCGAAGGACGGCGUGACAGCGAGCGCGGUGAGCAGGCCGGGGUGCAGCACCCGACGACGACGACGACGACGCGCAGGAUAUCACAUAUUGCUUAUUGGCGGCAGCGGGAUCAGUGAGACGAGAAAUGAAAGAUGGCGCACACGGCGGCAAUGCAGGCGGUGGGAGGAGGUGGUGGUGGAGCCGCGGGGGCUCCGUCCCGUGCCGAUAGUACGCCCAUCAGCGGCGGUCGGUACGACUUCGAAGAUGGUGGCACAUUCUGUGGCGGCUGGGAGGACAACAAGGCGCACGGUCAUGGUGUUUGUACGGGUCCAAAGAACAAGGGUGCUUAUUCCGGAGCAUGGCAUUACGGUUUCGAGGUGUCGGGGAUAUAUUGUUGGCCAAGCGGCUCCACGUACGAGGGUCACUGGCAAAACGGAAAAAGACAUGGGCUGGGCAUCGAGGUUAGAGGCAGAUGGGUGUACAGGGGCGAAUGGACGCAAGGUUUCAAGGGCCGGUACGGUGUGCGGCAAAGCGCAUCCUCCACGGCCCGGUACGAGGGCACAUGGGCCAACGGGCUGCAAGAUGGCUACGGUUCGGAAACGUACGCCGACGGAGGCAGCUACCAGGGCCAGUGGCAGCGGGGCAUGCGGCAUGGGUACGGUGUGCGGACUUCCGCACCCUUCGGCAUGGCCGCCCGCUUUCGCCCCAAAUCCGUCCGCGUGUCGAUGACGUCACUCCGGAGCACGGACGGUGGUGGGGGUGGGGGAGGAAACCAAGCUCCAACACCGGAACCGGGUGAAAAGCGCAACCACCGGAUCGAUGACGCACGUGGUGGGUUUGUGUUGAAGGCAAAAUCCGACGAAACGCCCGUCCGUCGGAACAGCCUGGUGGAGAAGACAAAGAAGGGCCUUUUAUCGGGACUCAAAAUUAGGAAGCAGAAAAGUACGGGUGACCUUGAGAAGCGUGGAACGGGCACGGGCAGCAUCCGAUCGACGGCUUCGACGGCAUCCUGGCUGAGCACGGAGUCGUCCCAGUCGGGAAUGACCAACAAGACAAUGCACACGGACUCAAACGCAAGCUUCAUCGUGGAGGACGAGCAACUGGACGCGAGCGUUGUGGAGACGUACAUGGGUGAAUGGAAGAACGACAAACGUUGUGGAUACGGCAUCUCAGAGCGUAGUGAUGGAUUGAAAUACGAGGGUGAAUGGUACGCGAACAAAAAGUACGGCUACGGUGUGACGACGUUCAAGGAUGGCACCAAGGAGGAAGGCAAAUACAAGAACAACGUGCUGAUCACAAGCCAGAAGAAGAAGCACCUGUUCCUGAUCCGCUCGGCCAAGUUCCGCGAGCGGAUAGACGCGGCUGUCGAUUCCGCCCAACGCUCCUCAAAGUACGCCCUCCAGAAAGCGGACAUUGCGAUCUCGCGCACGGCCACGGCCCGCGGUAAAGCCGAACUAGCCGAUGCGGCCGCAGACGAGGCACGGGCAGAGUCAGACCACGCCAUUCGAACUGCGCGAGAAUUCGCGCCCGACUUUAACCCUUCACUUUUGGAGCGGUUCGAUCGGUUGCGACGUAGCAGAGCCUACCCACUCACCGACGGUGCGUUGCUGAUGAACGAUCUACCGAUACGAUCAGGUGGUCCACCAGGGCCGGACCUAGAGUACGGACACAAUCAUCCCCUGCACAACCACACCAAAAACCCGACGCUGGGAAGUCCUUCCACCGGGAUGUCAGCUGCGGCCGUCUCAGGAAACGCACGUCUCAACGCCAACUACUACGACCAAAAGGGCCCCAGCGUGGGUUAUGGUGGUGCGAUGAGUGGCAUAAGCUCACUAAACCACGACAACAUGACAGGUGCGCGACUGAUGGAUGACGGAAUGGGCUCGUUGUACGGUAAGCCGCCAGGUGGCGCCACCACAAACUACUACGCAGCAGCCACCAACCGAGCAGGGCACGUGCCGGUCGGUUCCACUGCGAACACGAAACUUUCCUACGACCAGAGCUUACCGAUGGGUCGGGAGGAUGGUGGGUUGGGUGGGGCCGCAAGUCCCCGCCGUAACUCCACCAUGCAACAGGCGUCCUCGUACGGUGAACCUGCGUCCCGAUCGGCGGCAAACGCACGACCAGCGCCCUCUCUCGGCACCAUCGGCAGUCAGUCGUCGAUAGACUACUUCGAUCACUACAAGCGACCACCGAGCCGGGAUGGAUCCGUCGAUCGGUACACGCGAGCCGCCAGCAAGCUGGGUGGUGCUGGUGGAGGUGUAUCCUCACGAGCGCCCUCUGUUGAGAAGACACCCGCGAGCUACCUGACGUCCGGGAUGAUGAUGGGUGGCAUGGGAGAUGGUAUGGAUGCGCCAGAACCGCGGGUCAGCACGUUGCGCCGCGGUUCGCAACUGAUGGCCGGUGGAGGUCCUGCGAAUGGAUCCGUUCCUUCGGCGAGUGGUAUGAGCAAUGGAGGUGUUCGACCGGGUUCGAGAGCUACUACGCCGUUACAUCAGCUGCAUGGCGUUCAUCAGGAGCUGGGCGCGGUACCAGCCACUCAGCAACCGUUUGAGGAUGUGCUGCUGAGGCAGCGAACUCUCGGACAGGACAUCAUCCCGUCGAUGACGCAACCCAAGCGCACGGAGAGUCUCUAUCUGUCGAAGCCUGCCAUCAACAGUGUCCCACUGGGUGGUGGCUUUGGUGGAGGUGGCGGUGGAGGUGGUGGCGGAGGUGGAGGUGGAGGUGGAGGUGGUGGAGGCGGCAUGCGAGCGAGAGGAGGCGGCAACGGUAUGGCGGCGUUCAGUAGGGAGCCCAAGAGUAUUCCAGUAAAUGCGACCCUGCAGAGAAAGAAAUCAUUACCAGAUGUACAACAGCUACCGUUCUCGACCGGUGCCAUGAGCCGAGAAGAGGUGUCGAUCCUUGGUUCUGCCCGCCGCGAGGAGGUCCGGCGACUGAGGGACGAGCAGGAGCGCUUACGAGUUAAUCCAUUGUUGUAUCUGGUCAGUCCACAAGUGAGGGAUUGGUUCUCGCGCCAGCAACUGGUCAUGCUAGUGCUGAUCGUUAAUAUUGCCUUGGCUAUUUUAUUCUUUAAAAUACUCACAUAGCGUUGGCUCAGUCCAUGUUUGCAUUUCAGCAUGUUUCUAAGAAAGGUGACACUAUAGAAUAGCCGAAAGCAGGAUUGAAGAUACUAUUUAAACGAACAUUAUGGGAUAACUCUUGUCGCAGCGUUACGCUACCAACAAGCAAACAAACAAAUAAAACAAAUAAAAAUCGCAAACAUCAACGGCAGCGUUAGCAAAAAAGGAAGCGAAGGAGCAGAAACAAAGAAGAAGAAGAAGAGCAGUAGAAGAAGAAACGCCCAAACCAAACACAUACACACACACACAUACACACAUACACUCGCACAGACGCGUACUCGCACACAUAGACGAAACUAUUUUCCGCCCGCUGCAAUCCUUGCAAUUGUGACCAGUUUUUUGAACGGCGAACGGCCGAAAGCCAAAGGCGGAACCAACGCGUACUAGCGGAAGUAGAAGAGGAUGACAAAUAUUUCGAGCAUAAGGAGGGACGGGGAGGGAGAACGAGCAGUUUAAGUGAGGCAAUCAAUUAGUGAGUGCGGUGCGUCUGCGCCACACGGCGAAACGCAUUCACGGCAUGGAGAUUAAAUCAAUAAAAUUGUUUAUCUUUGUGCAUCAAUCAUCAAUCUUCGCAAUUACGAUCCAUCCUUUACCUACGUAAAAUAUAAAUCAGUAAAAGAAGAAAAAAAAUAAGUAAUAAUUAAACGUUACACCGGCAGUUGCGCGGCGCGGGUCCUGGCGAUGGGACAACAGGACACGGAGAUUUAGAAAAGAAAGCGAUGUGUGAUUGCGCGAUUGGAUUUAGUGGAGGAUAAGGAGGAGGAUGGGGAGUAACUAAAAAAAACUAGAGAGGAAAACUUUGAGAGCAAAUUAGUGAACCAAAACGUUUCCUGUUGUCACGACGAUAGCGAAAACGCGGAAGGAAAACGGCAUGAAAUGCAAAUAAAGGAUUAGUGAAUUUUCGAACGAACGAGUAAUGGACGGAGACACGUAGCACGGGAGACAUCGAGAGCAAACAUUAUAGGAGAGUUAUACAACCAAAUCAAGAAGGUAGAUAAAUCAACGGAAAAGCCCGAACACUAUUGCGCGGAAGAUAAAUUUGCAGGAAAUGCGAAAGCCAAAUCUUACGAAAACUUUGUUAACAUAAUUUUAGCAGACCGUCGUAAACAUAAGAACGAGAGGAAGAUAAAACCAAAUCCAAUUUAAUUAUUUCUUUCUUUUUUUCCAAACCACAGGCAUAUUCAAAUUUGCUUAAGGUCAAGCUCUUAAGAUUCUAAUAAACAAAAAGUAUGUUGAAUUUUUUCCA